UGGGUGUGCUGACCUCCAAGAGCACGCUGAACACGCUUGGGGUAGCUGUCAACCGCACGCUGGCCCACCGCCUGGAGCGCCUGGUGUACUUCACUGGCACACGGGGCCGCAAGGUGCCCCACGGCAUGACAGUGGUGGUGCACAGCGAUGAGCGGCCCAUCUGGAACAUGUACCAGACCAUCAGGUACCUUCUGGACCACUACGUGAAUGACUUCGACUGGUUCUUCCUGGUGCAGGAUGAUACCUACACGGAGGCGCACCGCAUCAGCCGCCUGGUUGCCCACCUCAGCAUCGACACCCACCUCUACCUGGGUCGCCCCGAGGAGUUCAUCGGUGGGGACACCGAGGGACGCUACUGCUAUGGGGGGUUUGGCUACUUGAUGUCCCGCAGCCUCCUCCUGCUCUUGCAGCAGCAUCUUGAGAGCUGCCGCAAUGACAUCCUGAGCGCUCGGCCAGAUGAGUGGCUUGGCCGCUGCAUCAUCGACUACACAGCCAUCAACUGUGCAGACGAGCACGAGGGCCUGCAUUACCACUAUUUUGAGCUGGAGAAGAACACAGACCCUGAGCGGGAGACUGAUCUCCGUUUCCAGAGUGCCUUCACUGUCCACCCCGUGCUGGACCCCCUCCAGAUGUACCGGCUGCACAAGUACUUUGCACAGGUGGAGCUUGAGAGGACAUAUCAGGAGAUCCAGCAGCUCCAGCUGGAGAUCCAGAAUGCCAGCAGCCUGUCUGCUGAUGGGGACCACAUAGCCACAUGGCCUGUUGGCAUCCCACCCCCUUUCCAGCCCAAAACCCGCUUUGAGGUGCUGCGCUGGGACUACUUCACAGAGGAGCAGGUCUUUGCCUGCGUGGAUGGCUCCCCCAAGUGUGAGCUGCACGGCGUGGAUAUGGCGGACGUGGCUGAUGUGGUGGCCACGGCCAUGGUGUACCAGCCAGUGCUCCACGUCCGCAAGCAGCAGCUGGUGAAUGGGUACCGGCGCUUCGACCCCACACGCGGCAUGGAGUACACACUGGACCUCCAAGUGGAGGUGAUCACUCAGAAGGGGCACAGCCGCGCCGUCACCAAGCGUGUGCACCUGGUGCGGCCCCUCAGUGAGGUGGAGAUCAUCCCCAUGCCCUAUGUGACAGAGGCCAGCCGCAUCAAUGUCAUCCUGCCACUGACAGCCCACGACCGAGACUAUGCCACCCACUUUCUGGAGACAUAUGCAGCAGCCGCCUUUGAGAGCAGCGAGAAUGCGGUGCUUACCUUCCUCUUCAUCUAUGACCCCUUUGAGGCCCAGCAGGUCACCCAGAAUGACAUCUUUGCACCUGUGAAGGCCCAGAUCACAGAGUAUGAGCGCAAGUAUGCAGAGGUGAAGAUCCCGUGGAUUAGUGUUAAGACAGAUGCACCCUCCCAAAUCAAGGUCAUGGACAUCAUCUCCAAGAAGCAUCCUGUGGACACGCUUUUCUUUGUGGCUGGCGUGGGGACAGAGGUCACUGUUGACUUCCUGAAUCGCUGCCGGAUGAACACCAUCAACAACUGGCAGGUCUUCUUCCCCAUCCACUUCCAGGGCUACAACCCUGCCAUCGCUUACCACAACCAGGUACCGCCCACCACGCUGGAUCUGCAGCGAGAGACAGGGCGCUUUGACCGUGAUGUCUUCCAUGAAGCCUGCUUCUACAAUGCUGACUACAUGGCUGCACGCACCCGUAUGGCGGGUGAUGUGCAGGAGAACGAGGACAUCCUGGAGACCCUGGACAUUUAUGACAUGUUCAUCAAGUACUCCAACCUCCACGUCUUCCGGGCUGUGGAGCCUGCCCUGCUGCAGCGCUACCGGCACCAGGCCUGCAACCCCCGGCUCAGUGAGGAGAUCUACCACCGCUGCGUGCAGAGCAGCCUGGAGGGCAUAGGCUCUCGCUCCCAGCUGGCCAUGGUGCUGUUCGAACAGGAGCAGGGCAACAGCACCUGA